AUGCAUAAAGAUCAAUAUUUUUCAUCUUUUCAAAAUUCAUCAUGUGUUAAAGACCUUGUAGUAGAAAUUAUUAAUGGAGCACGAGAAGAUAUAAUCCCAGGGACACCUGAACCUUAUAUUGAGCUGUAUACAGCAUGUUGGCAAGCUGAUCCUGGAAAACGUCCACAAAUUUCUCAAGUAACUGAAGCUUUAGAAAAAAUUGUCAUUGGCAAAACAAUACAAAAUGCUGCUAACAUUACUUUAUCAGAGAGUAAUUUAAUGAAAAAUAUUGAAAAUUCAUCAUUGAAUGAUUCAAAUAAUUCUAAUUUGGAAACAGAUUCAGAUGAUGUCAAUAUUGAAACAAAUUACUCUUAUUUUCAAAUUACUAGUACAAUGGAAAAAGAAGCUUUAAAGAUUUCUCAUUUAAUUUUAUCAAUAAUGGGAAAAGACAAUAAUCAAAUAUUAAUGUUCUGCUCUAAAGAUGGAAAAAAAUGGGAUGUACAGUAG